ACCGUCGAUUGCUAGAUAACAAAGAUAUACCCUUUAUGAAGGCGCUGCAGCCAUGGAGCAUUACUCUCAGCGUUACCUCAGCGUUGCCUCACUGCGGUCGGAGUGCGAAUUUCUGGCCACCGCUCAUUACGAAAAGACUGGCCAAGAAAUUGAUGUCGACAAGCUUGAGAAAAACAUCCGGCUGGCGGAGGAGAAGCGGCUGCUCGCGGCGAUCCCUGAGCAUAGGCUGCGACCUGGGAGCCUCCGGCGCUUAACCAAGCUGUCUAAGGCAAUGACCUACGAUCAGAACCUGAGAUGCAAUCGGUGCACUUGCGACCAAAGGCCCCACGAGGCCCCAUGGAGUCGUGUGGGUUUCGGCUCCCCCUGCCAGGCGACUCAGUCAAUCCCCCACCUCUGUUCGAGACACAGGCAACUCGUGCAAAUCGCUUCUCUCAAGGUGCUGCACAUGGCGCCUCUACACAUCCACAGAUUUUGCGUCUGCCAAGGGGCCCUUCAUCGCCUCCCCUCACUGCCCGUGUCAUCCAGGGUCAUCCCCGUGUAGUCUCUGUCUUCAGCCCCCUUUUGUCAGGGUCAACCCCAAGUACCAUGCCAGCUUUGCCCCCUUGCAUUCCCCUAUGCAUCAAAGCUCACAUGGGCGCGACAGGAUUAAGGCGGGCGACACUGGCUUCAUCCCGCUUCCGUGCAGGUCUUCAAGUCCAUUUUGCGGCGAGGGCGAUUGCGAGAAAUUACAUUACAAAUGACUGUGUCGCAUACACAAAUCAUGCUUUAGCUCGUAGCCUAUCCACUCGGGCAGUGCGGCAACCAGUUGGGCUGCAGCCUCUUCAACACCCUCGCCACCGAGUUCUCAUCGCAUGACUACGGCACGGAUGCGGUGCACGAGUACUUCCGCCCCAGCGCGGACCCCAACCUGUACACGGCGCGCUCCGUGCUCAUCGACAUGGAGCCCAAGGUGGUGGCGGGCGCGCGCUCCGCCGCUGCAGCCUCCGGCAGCUGGUGGCGCUACCCCUCCUCCGGCUACCUGGUCAUGCAGAGCGGCAGCGGCAACAACUGGGCACAAGGCUUCCACGGCUACGGCCCCCAGGUUCACGAGGACGCAUUGGACCUGGUGCGCAAGGAGGUGGAGCACGCGGACAGCCUGACUGGCUUCCUGCUGCUUCAGUCCAUGGCGGGCGGCACAGGGGCUGGCCUGGGCACCUACGUGGCGGAGGCGCUGCGGGACGAGUACCACUCCGCCUUCGUCGCCAACUGCUGCGUGUGGCCCUACGAGAGCGGCGAGGUGAUUGUGCAGCCCUACAACACGCUGCUGACCCUGAGCCACCUGGCCGACGUCAGCGACGGGCUGGUGCUGCUGGAGAACGAGGCGCUGCACCGCACGGCGGCCAAGCUGUACGGCAUUGCGCGGCCGUCGUUCGGGGACAUGAACGGCAUUGCAGCCCGCGCCCUGGCAGCCGCGCUGCUGCCCUCCCAGCCCCGCGGCCCCUACGCCGGCGGCGCCUACGUGGCCCCAGCAUCCCAGCAGCACCACCACCACCACCAAGCACACGGGCAUGGAGCUGGUCCGGGGCGCAGCUCCCCCGGAAGCAGCGGCGGCGGGGUACAGCUGCCGGCGUUGAGGCGGGCGGAUAGCAGCGGUGGCCGGCUAGGCGGCGAGAGCCCUGGCCUGGGGUCACUCGGGUCCCGCGGCGGCGGUGCCACGCCGCCGCACGCCGCCGCGUCCUCGCCCUCUGCGUCAGGCGCCGGCGGCAGCGGCGGCUGGGGCGUGUGCACCGCCCCCCUGGCGGAGCUGGUGACGCGACUGUGCGGCCACCCCGCCUACCGCCUGCUGACUCUGCGCUCGGUGCCGCAGCUGCCGCCCGCCAACAUCGACUUUACCACCUUCACCUGGCCCGCGCUCACCAAGCGCUUGCGACAGAUGCUUGUGACAGGCAGUGUGCUGGAGGAGGGCCUGGACUGGAGCAUCACGCCGCAGAGCCCGGGCGCGGCGGCGGCACUGGGGGCCGGGCUGGCGGGGCCGACUGUGAACCGGGCGCUAGCCAGCUGGCUCAUCCUGCGAGGGCAGGGCGCAGCCGAGGCGGAUGUUGGCGAGUUCGCUGACCCCGCCCUGUCCGCCGCCUGGAGCCCCGAGCCCCUGUCCGUGUCGUACAGCACUGGCCGCUUCGGCCGCUGCGCCAUGUCGGCGUGCCUGCUAAGCAACGACCGGCACUGCGUGGGCCCAAUCCAGCGCAUGCAGGAGCACGCGUACGGCAUGUUGGAGUCCCGCGCCUUCGUACACCAGUACGAAAAGUAUGGGCUGAGCGUGGCGGAGUUCCAGGAUUGCUUUGCGCGUAUCGAGGACAUUGCGCAGCGCUACGCGCGGCUGUGAUUGGCGGGGAAAGGGGGGUUGUUUAGGGGUGGACAUGUAUGGGGGGUAGCAACCACCUCAGGUGCCAGGAGGCAGAUGGGGCGUGUGGACUGAGCUCGAGUAGCUCGGCUGGGUGGCCUCUGCAUGUCGGCUAUUGCUCGCAGACGUGGCAGGGUUUCUCGCGAAGAUGCGCAGCUGGCGGUUGGGGGGCACGAAGAAGGCGCCGAUACUGGGCGAACCAGUGCAGCGGUUAGCGUGUCGUGGAAUGCAGCGUGCACCGCCAUCAUGCGAGUAAUGGGCGCAGUGCGACAAUGAUGCUGGCUAGAAGUUGAACGAUUGACGGAUAGGGGCAGUGCUCUUGGAAACGAGCGGAAACCGGACAGCCUGGGACAGCGGAAUGAGGAAGCCAACCGUUCUUGUAGCGGUCGGUCUUUUUGA